AUGGAUUCUGUUGUAGACAUGCUUGAUAAGGAAACAGAAGUGAUGGGAAUGAAGAAGAAAAGAAAUAGCGUUUCAUGUCGUGAGUAUUAUUCUUAUAAGUUGCAAAUUAGAUCACUAAAUGAUUCGAUGAUUUUGCAUAUAGGACGUCUUUUGCAACAAUUUGUUGGAGAUAUGUAUGUAAAAUUAGAAACUUCUAGGCUUGAUUAUUUUAGAAAAAAUCAAACUGAAAUUCGUGCUGAAUUGUAUCAAGGAAUUAUGGAUAGUGUUGAUGUUGGAGAAACUAGGGGCAUAAAAGUUGGUCGAAGAAUUAUAUUGCCUUCUACUUUUAUUGGUGGUCCUAGAGAUAUGCGUAGAAGAAGACGUGAUGAUGGUUGUAAAGUUAAGGUUAGAAGAUCUGUUCUAGAUAAUCGAUGGGUGGUUCCUUACAAUCCUUAUCUGCUUGCAAAGUUUGACUGCCACAUAAAUGUUGAAAUAUGUUCUACAAUAAAGACUGUUAAAUAUUUAUAUAAAUAUAUAUACAAAGGACAUGAUAAAGUUGCAAUGAAUAUAAAGUCAUUUAAAAAUGAUGAAGAUAUUGAUGAAAUACAUAGUUUUCAGUCUGCUAGAUGGAUAUCACCGCCUGAAGCGAUGUGGAGAAUUUAUGGCUUUUCUUUAAAUGAAAUGCAUCCACAUGUAAUGACAUUACAAAUUCAUUUGGAAAAUAAGCAAAUGAUGAGUUUCAAGAAUUCUGUUAAUUUACAAUCUGUUGUGAAUAAUGAUUUCUUUGCAAAAACUAUGCUUACUGAAUAUUUUGUUAUGAAUCGUGUAAAGGUAAACAGUAGACAAUUAUUAUAUAGGGAGUUUCCUGCACAUUAUGUUUGGUCCUCCCAAUUUAAAACUUGGAAUAUACGCAAACGGUGUGAUGUUGUUGGUAGAAUUGUAAAUGUGAAUCCAUUUGAUCAUGAGAGGUAUUAUCUAAGAUUAUUAUUAAAUCAUGUUAGGGGAGCCACAUCUUUUGAUGAUCUUAAAUGUGUAAAUGGUGUUCAAUGCUUAUCAUAUCGUGAUGCAGCUUUGUUGCAUGGUCUAUUAGAAUCUGAUAAUGGUUUUGAGUUAUGCUUGGAGGAAGCGUCUUUGUACCAAAUGCCUUAUAGUUUACGAAGGUUGUUUGCUACUUUAUUAGUAUAUUGUAGUCCAAGUAAUCCGAGAGAUUUAUGGAUUAAAUAUGAGAAAGCAUUAUCUGAUGAUUUUAAAUAUUUAAAUUAUAGUGAUAGAGUUAAAAGAUCAAAAGUUUUAGGACAUAUUAACAUUAUCCUGGAAUCAAUGGGAAAAACUUUAGCUGAUUAUGAUCUUUUGGAAUUUGACAUUGAUGACAAUGAUAUUCAUGAUGAUAAUAGAGAAAUUAGUGAGCAAUUAUCGAUUGUUAUAAAUGAUGAUGAUAUUGCAUGUGCACAGUCUUUAAAUAUUGAACAAAAAUAUGCAUACGAACAAAUAUUAGAUAAAGUGUUCUCUAAAGUACCUGGUUUGUUUUUCAUUGAUGGCCCUAGUGGAAGUAGAAAAACUUUCUUAUAUAAAACAAUUCUUGCUGCUGUUAGAUCAAAAGGUUUAAUUGCCCUUGCUACAGCAUAUUCAGGAGUUGCAGCUUCCAUUUUACCUGGUGGAAGAACAGCUCAUUCCAGGUUUAAAAUUCCUUUAGUGAUGGAAGAACAUAAUACAUGUCAUGUUAGUAAACAAUCAGGAUUAGCGAAAUUUAUGAAAGAUGCAAGUUUAAUAGUAUGGGAUGAAGCUCCGAUGGUAAAAAAGGAAGCAAUUGAAUCAUUAGAUAAGAUGUUACAAGAUAUAAAUGAAUGUGAUUUGUUAUUUGGUGGUAAAGUAGUUGUUUUUUGUGGGGAUUUUAGACAAGUUCUUCCUGUAGUUCCAAAAGGUACUAGAGAAGAAGUUAUAAAUUCAUCUUUAGUUUAUUCAUAUUAUGGCCAAAAUUACAUAAAAUAA